UGUAGGGAUGCUGAGCCUAAGGCAGGAGGCCUGAAACCAUCAUUUCUAUCCCACGUACCAACAUAACAUCUAUCAAUCAUCUUCAGCGCAAUGGAGGAGAUUCUGCGAAAGCUUCAGAAGGAGGCAUCGGGCAGUAAACACAAAGCGAUCCGGGACUCCUGCAGUGUCGCGUGCGAGACCCUUCAGGCUCAGAAUGGAUCAGUUAAAAUACCAUCAUUUAAACUCAGAGAGAAGUGUUUAUUCCCUCUUCAGUUGGCACUGGAGUCUAAAAACACUAAACUGGCUCAGACUGCCCUCACCGGAAUGCAGAAGAUCCUUUGUGAGGAUUGCUUUGUUGCUGUGGAAACCGAGGCUCCAGAGAAGCAGCUGUUGAGUCAGAUCCUGGAGGCCAUCAGGGUGACGCACACCCUACAUGAAGACCUGCAGGUGGAGGUCAUGAAGGUCCUGCUUUGCGUCACCUACUCCUCUAACUUUGAGAUCAACGGGCACAACAUCUUGAGAAUUGCUGAGGUGUGUAUUGAGACAUACAUUUCAAGUUGUCAUCAUCGCAGUAUCAACACAGCGGUCAGGGCCACCCUCAGUCAGAUUCUUGGAGACCUCACCCUACAGUUACGCCAUAGACAAGAAAACACAGGUGUUGAUGGUGAGGAACGUUGCAUACCUGUGCACCAGCGCAAAGAUCUGUCUCCCACUACUGAUGCACUGUAUAGAGAUGUUGUUAUGGUGCUCACUGUUUUCUGUGACAAACUGGAGUCUGUCUCAAAUGAAAACCAGCUGCUGCAGCUGUUGUACCUGGAGUGUGUUCUGUCUAUGCUGAGCAGCUGUCCUCCCACAAUGCACCUGCAUCGUAAUUUCACAGACCUCAUCUGGAAGCAAUUAUGUCCGACUCUGGUGGUGAUUAUGGGAAACCCAGCAAGUGAUAAAACCAUCACCUCAGCCCAUGGUGGGCAAUCCCAGGACUCAGACCUGGCACCAGGAACAGCAGUCUUGGAUCAGGGCCGGGGUUCUGGCUGCUCAUCGAGUGCUCCUGUCAUGAUUGGGCCAGUCGUUCGCACCAUCUGCUAUGUGGCAGCAGAUUUAGUCCGUCUGGUGGGCUGUGUCGAGUCCAUGAAGCCUGUUUUGCAGUCCCUGUACCACCGUAUUCUGCUCUACCCACCGCCGCAGCACAGAGUGGAGGCUAUCAAGAUUAUGAAGGAGAUUGUUGGAAGCCCCCAGCGCUUGUUUGACCUGGCCGGUCCAUGUGUCAUUGAGCCUGAGACAAGAAAGCGGUCUUUCUCAAAAAGGAAGUCACAUCUUGAUCUUCUCAAACUGGUAAUGGAUGGCAUAACAGAAGCGUGCAUGAAGGGCGGGAUUGAGGCCUGCUUCUCUUCUGUCUCCUGUGCUAGUGCCCUGUUGGGUGCUUUAGAUGAGCUCAGUCAGGGGCGUGGCCUGCAGCAAGACCAGUCCCGCAUGCUGCUGCGGCGAUUGGAUGAGCUCAAGGAAGGGGUGGAGUCUAUGCGUGAGUCUGUAGAACUCAACGAAGCUGACUUCCGCUGGCAGCGGCGUGUGCUUUCUUCUGAGAAUGCCGCCUGGGAGACCAGCAUCACUGAACGCAGCCCUGACAUCAGCAUCAGAGUCACCACCGAAACAGGACAGACCACAUUAGAGGGGGACUUGGGUCAGACCACUCCAGAGGACUGCGGGGAGGAACCGCGCCUGCCGUCACCUUCUACCUGUGGAGCCGCGGCGAGAGCUCGCCCGGAUGUACCAGAAUGUGUACGAGAGAGUGGCGCCCCAGAAGCCCUGUCCAGUAUGGCGCCUCCUGAUGUAGUGCAGCGCAGCCAUGGCCUGGCCUACCCUGACAUCACCAACUUUCUGUCUGUGGAGUCUUGGACACGCUCGCACGGCUCACGCUACAGCGAAAGCAACUUCAGUGCAGACGAGCAGGAGCUGUCACGAACAGAGUUUGAUUCGUGCGACCAGUACUCCAUGGCUGCAGAAAAGGACUCGGGUCGCUCCGACAUGUCCGAUAUGGGCUCUGACAACUGCUCUCUCGCUGACGAGGAGCAGACGCCACGGGAAUGUCCCGGGCACCGUACGCUACGGACGGCUGCUCUGUCCCUAAAACUGCUGAAGAACCAGGAAGCGGACCAACAGAGCGCCCGGCUCUUUGUACAGUCUCUAGCUGCGCUGCUGCCACGCCUGCUGGGACUGCACAGCACCACGGAUGUAGACAUGUCCCUGCAGAACUUCUCAUCCACCUUCUGUUCAGGACUGCAAGCAGGUGGGGUUCAUUCUCCAGGUUUCGAGGGCAGUAAAAACCUGAGUUGUCAGGCUCUGAUGAAUGCAGAUGGAUUGUACCUGGUUUCCUAUUAUGCUCUACUGCUCAACCUCAAACUGUGCUGCUGUGACUACUACCACAGGAAACCCACAUGUGCUCUGGUGUCUUUGAAAGAGUUUGUGCGGCAGAUCCAGAGCAGUGGCAUUCUGGUGGUUCUAUCUCAGGCCUGGAUCGAGGAGCUCUACAACCAGGUGUUGGACAGAAACCUGCUGGGAGAGGCGGGGUACUGGGGCUCCGCUGAGGAGCAGUCCUUACCUCUCAUCACCAUGCUCACCGAUAUUGAUGGACUGGGCAGCAGUGCUAUCGGUGGUCAGCUGAUCAGAAAGGCCUCGACACAGUCACCCUUUACCUGUGACAAGAACGGCAGUGACUUGGUGGCAGGUGUGGUAUUUGCCCGCUAUAUCCUGACUGGCUGCUGGAAGAACCUGAUCGACACGCUGUCCACGCCACUCACAGGGCGCAUGGCGGGAAGCUCUAGAGGUCUCGCCUUUAUUCUUGGAGCAGAGGGAGUUAAAGAGCAGACUCAGAGGGAGAGAGACACCAUCUGCCUCAGCCUGGAUGGUCUACGCAAGGCUGCGGCACUCAGCUGUGCUCUGGGUGUGGCGGCCAACUGUGCCUCAGCACUUGCCCAGAUGGCAGCAGCAUCAUGUGUUCAGGAGGAGAAAGAGGAGAAGGAAUUGGGGGAGACUGGAGAUGCCAUUGCUCAAGUUAAGCAGCGUGUUGAACAGAAACUCGAACAGAUGGGCCGCUGUCAGGGCGUGAGGCUGCACACGGCCCAUGUGCUCUGCAUGGACGCUAUACUCAAUGUGGGGCUGGAAAUGGGCAGCCAUAACCACGAUUGCUGGCCUCACGUGUUCAGAGUGAUUGAGUAUGUGAGUUCACUGGAACACACACAUUUCAGUGACGGCGGCUCCCAGCCUCCCAUCGCCAUCACACAGGCGCAGCAGGCCGUGGCAGUGGACCUGCAGCUGGAGUUGAGCGGAGAGGCCAGUCCAGAGCUGGAACUGGGCCUCAGCCAUCCAGUUAUCCAGCCGCUUUCCAUCCAGGAGCUCUUGAGAGAAAGCAGUCGCGGUAAAGGAUUCGACCUGCGGGGAGGCAGUCUGCUCACAGGCACCAGUGCCGCCAAAGCCGUCUGCACGCUUUCCACACAAGCUGACAGGCUGUUCGAGGAUGCAGUGAAUAAACUCAACCUAGUGGCUCUUGUGGGUUUCCUGCAUCAGCUCAGAAAAGCUUCACAGUCUCAACUCUUUGAUUCAGUCACAGAAACUGGAGACUAUUCCUUAGCCAUGCCAGGGGAGGCAAAGUCGACCCAGGACAAGCGUAGCGCCCUCCACCUCUUCCGGCUGGGAGAGGCCAUGCUUCGCAUUGUGAAGAACAAGAGCAGAGCGCUGCUGCACAUGAUGAGAGCCUGGAGCGUGGUGGCACCCCACCUGGUGGAGGCAGCAUGUCAUAAGGAGCGACAUGUAUCCCAGAAGGCUGUGUCCUUCAUCCAUGAUGUUCUGAUGGAGGUUCUGAGCAGCUGGGCUGAGCUGCCACACUAUCAUUUUAAUGAAGCUCUCUUCAGGCCUUUUGAGCACAUCAUGCAGCUGGAGCUCUGUGACGAAGACGUCCAAGAUCAGGUGAUAACAUCCAUUGGAGAGCUGGUGGAGAUGUGCUCAGCUCAGAUCCAGUCUGGCUGGAGGCCGCUGUUCAGUGCUCUCCGAACUGUACAUGGAAACAAAACAGAUAUGAAGGAUUACCUGAUAGGAGAAUAUUCUAUGGGGAAGUCACAGGCACCCGUGUUUGAUGUCUUUGAAGCCUUCAUUAACACAGACAACAUUCAGGUGUUUGCCAACGCGGCCACUGACUACAUCAUGUGCCUUAUGAAGUUUGUGAAAGGUUUAGGAGAAGUGGACUAUAAGGAGAUUGGAGACUGUGUUCAUGUCAGUGGAUACAGCUCAACAGAUCUGUGCCUGCCUGCCCUGGACUAUUUGAGGAAAUGUUCACAGCUGCUUGCCAAAAUCUAUAAGAUGCCGUCCAAGCCCGUGUUCUUGGGUGCGCGGCUGGCCAGCCUCCCGAUGAGAGCUCAGGAGAGGUCUGUGAGCACUGAGGAUGGCAUGGACUGCGUUUUAGCAGAGUUUGACGAUGACACAGGUCUGAUACAGGUGUGGAUUCUUCUGUUGGAGCAGCUGACCGCAGCCGUGUCAAACUGUCCUCGGCAGCAUCAGCCACCUACACUUGAGCUGCUGUUUGAACUUCUGCGUGAAGUCACCAAGAUACCAGGGCCUGGCUUUGGCAUUUUCUCUGUCAUCCAGCUUCUUCUUCCUGUCAUGUCACUAUGGCUACAACGGAGCCAUGGUGACCACUCAUACUGGGACAUUGCUGCGGCGAACUUCAAGCAUGCCAUCGGACUGUCCUGUGAACUGGUGGUGGAACAUAUUCACAGCUUCAUCCAUUCAGAUAUUGGCUAUGAGAGUCUGAUUAAUCUGAUGCUGAAAGAUCUCUUCAAACUGCUGGUGUCCUGUGUGGCAGAACCAGCCGAGACCAUCUCCAGAGUGGGCUGCUCCUGUAUUAGGUAUGUUCUGGUAACAGCAGGGCCUGUUUUCACUGAGGAGAUGUGGCGGUUAGCAUGCUGUGCCCUGCAGGACGCUUUCUCGGCUACCCUGGAGCCUGUGAAGGUGACUAUCAUAAUAACAGUUAUUGAAGCUGUGUCUCCACUGUCCAAAAAUCUUGCAUGAGCCUU